GCUGUGCAGCUUUGAUAAAGUAGGAGCGCCACCCUCUUCCACUGUAGCAAGGGGGCCCCCACUGGGUGCAGGGGACAGACGGGAAAGGGCUUGUGUCAGGGGUCAGGGCUGCUCCCAAGGAAGCCCAUGAGCUAGCCCAGAACAGGAAAUAGUAGAGCAAAGAAAAAAAAAGAUUGUUAGCAGCUGCAGCGAGAGUCUGUGUGUGUGUGUGAGAGAGAGAGAGGGAGAAGGAAAGCAAGAGAAGAAGAAGCAGCAUCCAUUUAGUAGGUAGCGACAUACUGUAGGGCUACAUUUAACUGCGCUGGUGGUUUUUGGUGGAGGCUAGACUGGUGAACUUCGACAUGAACCUGCUUCCUGAAUGUCACAAGAAGGGCUCCACGCUACAUGGAGAGAUGUCACGAAGAGAUCAGCGCUACCGCAGUCGUUUGAGGGGGACAAAGUGUUGUGAAUGCAGCACCUCCCUGUCCCAUUGGUACUACGAGAAGGAUGGGCGGCUCUUCUGCAAGAAGGACUACUGGGCCAAGUUCGGCGAGCUGUGUCACGGAUGCACGGAGCCCAUCACCACUGGCCUGAUCAUGGUUGCGGGAGAGCAGAAGUAUCACCCCGAGUGUUUCACCUGCCUGAACUGUCGGAGUUUCAUUGGAGAUGGGGACACGUAUGCCCUCGUGGAAAGGUCCAAGCUCUACUGUGGCCAUUGCUACUACCAGACCAUCGUCACCCCGGUGACACUCCCGGACUCACCGUGCUCGAAGAUCCCCCACACAGUGACCCUUGUGUCCAUCCCGGCAUCCACCGAUGGCAAGCGUGGCUUUUCCGUUGCCAUCGACCAGAGCACCAGUCCUAAUGGCUUCGGCCCUGACCACAACCCCACAGUGAGGGUGUCAGAAGUGGACACAGAGUGCAUCAGUCCUGAUGUGAAGAACUCCAUACAUGUAGGUGACAGAAUCCUUGAGAUCAACGGGACGCCAAUCCGGAAUGUUCCUUUUGAUGAGAUUGACCUGCUGAUCCAGGAGACAAGUCGUCUGCUGCAGCUGACCAUUGAGCACGACCCCCAUGACCGUGGCGGCUCGGAGGACCAGGUGGACAGGCCGAGCCCCCUGUCUCCAGUGUCCAGUCCGGUGUCCCCAAUCACCCAGCCCCCCAACCAGGACGUCAACAACCUCCGCUCCCGCGUGAUCACGCGCAGUUACAGCAUUGACAAAUCACCCUGCUCCAGCAACACCGCUUCACCCUUGUCCCAACGCAAAGACAUCAACCGCUCAGAAUCCCUGCGUGUGGUGUCCAAUCACACGCACCGGAUCUUCCGCCCCUCUGACCUCAUACAUGGAGAGGUCCUGGGGAAGGGCUGCUUCGGUCAAGCCAUCAAGGUGACCCACCGAGAGACGGGCGAGGUGAUGGUGAUGAAGGAGCUGAUCCGCUUCGACGACGAGACGCAGAGGACCUUCCUCAAGGAGGUGAAGGUGAUGCGCUGCCUGGAACACCCCAACGUGCUCAAGUUCAUCGGCGUGCUCUAUAAAGACAAACGACUCAACUUCAUCGCCGAGUACAUCAAAGGAGGAACCCUGAGGGAAAUCAUUAAGAAAAUGGAUAGCAACUUUCCAUGGAACCAGCGAGUGAGUUUUGCAAAGGACAUUGCUUCAGGCAUGACCUACCUGCAUUCCAUGAACAUAAUCCACAGAGACCUGAAUUCUCACAACUGCCUUGUACGAGAAAAUAACAGUGUGGUGGUGGCAGACUUCGGGCUUGCUAGGCUCAUGGUGGAGGACAAGAACCAGGACAAGCUGUCUCUGGGGAACCCGCAGGGUCUGAAGAAACCUGACCGUCGGAAGAGGUACACGGUCGUGGGCAACCCCUACUGGAUGGCACCAGAGAUGAUUCAUGGAAAGAGUUACGACGAGAAAGUCGACAUCUUCUCCUUUGGGAUUAUGCUUUGUGAGAUCAUCGGGCGAGUCAACGCAGACCCAGACUAUCUCCCCCGGGCGAUGGACUUCGGGCUGAACGUGAAGGGCUUCCUGGAGCACUUCUGCCCGUCGGACUGCCCGCCCGCUUUCUUCCCCAUCGCUGCUAUAUGCUGUGACCUGGACGCAGAGAAAAGGCCGGCGUUUACUAAGCUGGAGGAGUGGCUGGAGAACUUGAAGAUGCACCUGGACAUCCGGCUGCCGCUCGUCUCCGAGCUGGAGCAGCUCAGCCGGGACUUCUGGCAGAAGCACCCGGCCUCCGAGAAUGGGCUGCGCCCGCACCCCGAGCAACCAGAGUCGGCUCACUCGCUCGCGCUCUCGGCGAGACUAAGAGGAGAGGAUGAGGAGCAGAACGGAGCGUAGCGGAGAAGAGAGGGUGGCAGAUCUGCUAAAGAAGCCUCCGCCCCGCUGGCAGAGAGCAGAGGGGGACUUUUUACCCACCUCAACGCUGGGCAGCGGUGUCGUGGGUACACACACACACACACACACACAAACACAGACACACACACACACACACACACACACACACACACACACACACACACACACGCACACACACACACACACACGCACAUCCCCUCCCUUGCGGGGUGUGCUGUGAGUAACUCUCCGUGGUUGGGAGCUCCGCAGUGGGCACAGAUGCCAACCGCUGUGGACUCAGGGAUGGAAAUCCAGCCAUGCCAUGUGUGCUGGGCGCCACCUGGGGGCGCCACUCCAGUCGCAAGGCAUUCAUCCUCCCUUCCCUUCUCUUCCCCACCACGUGGGUCCCCAGGAAACAGGUCCCAGUCACUCUCAUCGCUUCAGCCUGUUGAAUGUCCAGUCAUCGUCAACAGUCUCAGCAUGGAAGAAUCGACCAUCGCCGCAAUGUGUGUUGUUGUUGUUGACUCUAACGGCUAAGAGCCAAUGAGAAAAAGUCUUUGUCUGCUCAUAACCGAAGGUGAUGUUUAAAUUUCAUCUCGUUAAAAAAAACACAAUCUUCUCCAAGACAAUGGGGCAGCUUCAGGUGUCGUGUUGGGUUAUAUGUGAUGUCUUCAUAUAGCAAUUGUACCUUAGCGUUAACUGGUUUUUAACCGGUUUGUUUGGGUUGGAUAUUGAAGAGUGAUUUUUCUUUUACCAAAUGUGUAAAAGCCCUGUGGAAAGGCUAUUUAAUAUCAAAUGUCAUCACAAGGCAAGCUUUCAUUUGCUUUAUUCCCCUGACUAUCCUCCUAGCCUGGCCUGCUGUUAACAAAAGCCUCAAAACUGGCAGUUCAUGCUUAGCCUAAUGUGAGCACUAAUAUGUGUUGUGCUGAUAGUCUGAACGCAGCAUAACAGUUGCUCCUCUCACCACCGUAUCUCUUGUCCUGCACCAGCAUGCUGGCUUACAGUAUAUAGUGACGUCUAUAGUAUUACCUGGUGUUCAGUGAUGAAUGUAUCCUUGAUUUUGCAGUGACAGCUUGCUUUUUGAAUGGACAGCAAACAAUCUAUAACACAACGAGGAGAAGCACCAUCUAAGUGAAUGAUAUGCAUGGUUGUUAAUAACCAGUCAGUGCCCCCCCCCCCCCUGUUUGUUGAUUAACCCUUGUGAUCUGAUCCUGCAACAGAGAGAGAGAGAGUGGGGGGGGCAUACUAACUCAUAGCUAAGAGCAGCAAUCCCAGCAUCCCACUUGUAAGCAUGAGAUUUUCACAUUUGCAGGCGAUUUCAGCCUCGCACCGUCUUGCCGUAGUUUUUCCCACUGACGUCAAUGCAUCGCGCCAAGCCAGCGCUGAGAGGCUGGCAAGACUUCUAACAGGGCACCGAGUUUGGGAAUCAUCUCCUCCAUCUUUCUCUACUAGUUGUGCAGCACUGAAAUCAUUUUGCCAUUAUGGUACAGUCAUCUAUGGUACAUUGUUUGUUUUUUUUUGUCAUUGACUUGGAGUACUUUGAAGUUUCAUCAUGUGUAGUCCAACUCUAAUCAAAUGUACAUACCUAUUGAUAGUAUUUACUGUAAAUGUUUUAAAUAUUGUAUAUGUACAGACAUAUUUUGUAUACUGAUGCAGCAUUGCCAUAUUUUUUGAUUGGCUACAUGUUAAAAUUAUAGACAUAGAUAGGAGAACAGUAGAUGUUCAACAGAACAGCCUCUAAAACACCUGUAAAAGGUUGGCAUGACAACAGUGUGGCCCUUGGUUGGCUUCCUCGUUUUGGAGAGUAUAUCUAAGGUCUCGGGCCAUCCAUUUCCCAACCUGUGCUUCUCAUGUGUGUUACAUUUGCUACUUCCCAAGCAGCAGAUCGAGUUAUGUUGUUUACAGUCUGCCGGCGAGCAUCACUUUUUUUUCUUGUGACCGUGUCUGUGAACUAACUUCCUGGAAAUGCGAGCAAUCGUGGUCAACUGCUUUCUGCUCUAAACCAGCAAAAAAAGAGAGAAAGAAAUUUCACAGAGGAAAAAUGCAAUCAUUCAUGUUUCUUAUAUGUUCAAUGGAUGGCUCUGUUACUCGUUGAGACUUUGCCACUCUCUUUGCGUCCAAUGGCCACUAAUGUGCUGUUAAGUCCCUUGGCACACUGGUGUUCGACCAAGAUUAGUAUUCAAGAGGCAACGUUAUGUUUUACCAUCCAGACUCGAGCCAUGUGGUUUGGCCUUAGCUCUUAGCCAUAGUCACUGGUGUGUGGCCAUGUCUCACCAACCUGUGGAACACUUCCUGUUUACACAAACCUGCUGGCUGUAAAUAUCUCUGUAAAUCUCUGUUUGAAGACAAGCCCAGCUUUCUUUCCUUCUCUCUUUCUCUUUCUCUUUCUCUCUCUCUCCCUCUCCAUCUCCUGUGGGGGGAGAUGAGAGUUGCAUGGUGCAUUGGCUAGGUGUUUAGUUUUGCUUCGAGGAUAAAAAAACAGAGCUAUUCUUGUAACUUUGAACAAAUAUUGUGAUAGAGAGGAGAAUACAGUGGAGGAUUGUCAGGAAAGUGUGCACAGACAGCAGAUGCCGGCUGCCUGAUGCAACUGAAACAGAAAAUACAUGGAGAGGAGGGGGGGGGGUUAACACAGCAUCUCUUUUUUUGUAUAGAACCACUGAAAUCCUUUUGUAUAGAUUUUUAAGUAAUUUCAUUUGCACUAUGCUAGAAAAUGGCUGCCCUCAGGGCUAGGUUUGUCUCUUACUUUAAAGAAAAAACGAAACUGCAUUGGUUCUUAUAUGAAUGCAAGUCACUGAAGGAGCCUUUGAAAUGUAAAGGGAUUCAUUGGGAGCCUUUCCUCUGAGUAGCAAACUUAUUAAUAGUGUCUUUUAAAAUCAUUUCUUACCGCAGUAUUGACUCAAUCCCCGCUAGUAUUGCUGAAACAUGCAUGUGCAUCUUCAUUAGUUUUCCAUUCCAUGUCUUCACAGUUUAUAAUUGUACAUAUGUUUUGGAAGUUACUCUUUUAUAUAGGAAUAUUUCCAUUUACAUGGCACAUAACAGUAAAAGUGUCUCUAGUUCUUUUCACUGGUUUUGUUGCAGCACAUGCUUGAAUUGGCAAAUUAGACAUCCAUUUUCCAAACUGGACCAGUACCAUUCCAAUAGCCUGACUUAUCUUUACAAAUGAUCCUUUAGGUGAAUGACCAAAAAACAUAAUGAAGCACUAUGCAUAGCUUUACAUUACCUUUGAACUCACAUUACCUUUGAAACAUAUCUUCCAAGUUUGCUACAAAGAGGAGGGUAACUGUGGUUCCCUUGCUGUCUACAGAAAGAUCCUUUGUGUAAGAGGUUCUGGUUGUAAUGACCACUGUCCAAUUCCUUAAUGUUGGGCUACUUUCGUUAGAGCACUUACAAUCCCCAUUCCAGUACUCUCCAUUGAAAGUCCAGCUCAGGGCAUUGGAGCUUGUGAUGCUUCACUGAAUGCGAUGUUACUGCUUGGGUCGAGUUAGGUUCACAGCUUAACACACACACAUUACACACAGCAAGCAUGCAAUCCUUAACUGUUACCCAGUGAUGUCUUCACAGAUAAGAUAACUUCCACUUGCAAAAUAAUCAGUAGGUAAGAUCACAUUCCUUACCGUAUGUCUGUUGUGGACUGUCUAUGAUGCUAUGGGCAUGAAUCCUGGUCAUCUCAGUCCAGCAGACACUCAACCCAAUUCUCAGCAUGUGCGGAUGUUGCAGCAGUACUUCUUUGCAAAGGAUCUUUACCUCUGAACAAUGCUGUGCCUUUGUUUUAAGCUAGCCUUGCCAACGACUUGUAGCGUGUUUGAAAUGAUUUUUUGUAAGAAAAAUAAGAAAAAUGGUGUAAGUCUGAUGAAUUUGAUUUGAUUGCUGAUUGGUUUUUAUGAGAUUCCCACUUGUUCUCUAUAUUUAUAUUUUCCAUAUUUCCAUUGUCUGUUUUUUGGUAAUUUUGGUUUAUGAUUUUCUUUGUUCUUUUAAUUUAAUUUUUUACACAAGCUGUGAAAAAAUCUGCACUUUAAUUCCGGUUGUGAACAUUGAAAAUCCAAGGAGACGACUGUAUUUCAUUGCAGCUGGAAUAAAAUUGCCGUUCCUUAA